GGACUGUUGAUUUGGAAAGCAUCACAAACCUGGUCAUACAGCCUGGCUGGUCUGCUUUCUGCUUUAUUUAUCUAUUACUAGUUAUUUAAAUUGAACUUUUAAUAACCUGCCAGCUGCUCUUCAGACACACAUGGUGCAUUGUUGCCAUUCCCAGAAUCACAUCUUUGAAAUCCAGACCCUUGGUAACCUUCAUCAAACAAAGAGGCGACCUCGAAGAUACAUCUACAGGAGGACUUUUCAAACCUGCCGCCCUCCAGCUUCUCUUUUGCCUGUGCUCUAUUUCUAGAACAUGAUGGAACCCACAAUGGAGUCCUGCUUGAUGCAGGUCCUGCAGAAAGACGUUGGGAAGCGACUUCAGGUUGGCCAAGAACUGAUAGAUUAUUUCUCAGAUAAACAGAAAUCUGCUGAUCUUGAACACGAUCAGACCAUGCUGGAUAAAAUGGUUGAUGGUCUUGCUACCUCGUGGGUAAAUUCCAGCAAUUAUAAGGUUGUCCUGCUGGGCUUGGACAUCUUAUCUGCACUGGUGUCGCGGCUCCAGGAUAGAUUUAAAGCUCAAAUUGGCACAGUGUUACCUAGUCUAAUUGACAGACUGGGAGAUUCAAAAGACUCUGUACGAGAGCAGGAUCAGGCCCUGCUGUUAAAAAUCAUGGAGCAAGCUGCUAACCCCCAGUACGUCUGGGACAGAAUUUUGGGAGGAUUCAAACACAAGAAUUUCCGGACAAGAGAAGGAAUUUGCCUCUGCCUUAUUGCAACUCUUAAUGCAUCUGGAGCUCAGAGUUUAACCUUGAGCAAGAUUGUGCCCCAUAUAUGUAACUUACUUGGUGAUCCAAACAGCCAGGUUCGUGAUGCAGCAAUAAAUAGUCUUGUAGAAAUCUACAGACAUGUAGGUGAACGUGUAAGAGCUGAUCUCAGCAAAAAGGGAUUGCCACAGUCUCGGCUGAACAUCAUUUUUACAAAAUUUGAUGAAGUACAGAAAUCAGGCACCAUGAUCCAGGGAUCUGGUGAUAAAAAUUUUGAUGAUGAUGACUCUGUGGACGGGAACCGACCAUCCUCAGCCAGUUCCUCAACCUCUUCAAAGGCUCCUUCAACCUCUCGAAAAGGGGGGGUGGGCACUGCUCGUAGGGUAGGGGCAGUAGCCUUAGUCUCAAAGGCUCCAGCAACUAAAGAAGGAGCUGGUGCUGUUGAUGAGGAGGACUUCAUUAAAGCUUUUGAAGAUGUCCCAACAGUUCAGAUUUAUUCUAGCCGAGACUUUGAAGAAUCCAUAAACAAAAUCAGAGAAAUCCUGUCCGAUGACAAACAUGAUUGGGAACAGAGAGUAGCUGCACUGAAAAAAAUCCGGUCUUUAUUGUUGGCUGGAGCUGCUGAGUAUGAUACCUUCUUCCAACAUCUGCGCUUGCUGGAUGGAGCCUUUAAAUUAUCUGCGAAAGACUUGAGGUCCCAAGUAGUGCGAGAAGCUUGUAUCACAUUAGGACAUUUGUCAUCGGUAUUGGGUAACAAGUUUGAUCAUGGGGCAGAAGCCAUCAUGCCAACAAUCUUUAAUCUCAUUCCCAACAGUGCCAAAGUCAUGGCCACUUCUGGUGUAGUAGCUGUUAGAUUAAUUAUUCGACAUACGCACAUCCCUCGACUAAUUCCCAUCAUCACCAGUAACUGUACUUCCAAAUCAGUUGCAGUUAGAAGGCGGUGUUUUGAAUUUUUAGAUUUACUUUUGCAGGAAUGGCAGACACACUCCUUGGAAAGGCAUGUAUCAGUAUUGGCUGAAACAAUCAAGAAAGGAAUCCAUGAUGCUGACUCCGAAGCACGGAUAAAAGCCAGAAAGUGUUACUGGGGCUUCCACAGCCAUUUUAGCCGAGAAGCGGAACAUUUGUUUAAUUCACUGGAAUCCUCGUACCAGAAAGCCCUGCAGUCUCACUUGAAGAAUUCUGAUAGCAUAGUGUCUUUGCCUCAGUCAGAUCGCUCCUCUUCUAGUUCCCAGGAGAGUCUCAACCGUCCACUAUCUGCCAAAAGAAGCCCAACCGGAAGCACUACUUCACGAGCUUCUGCAGUUAGUGCAAAAUCUGUGUCAACAUCGGGGUCUCUCCAGCGUUCUCGCAGCGACAUUGAUGUGAAUGCAGCAGCCAGCGCCAAAUCCAAAGUAACAUCUUCUGGCUCGGAUUCCCCCUUCAGUUCUGCUGCGGCCCUGCCUCCAGGCUCAUAUGCAUCCCUUGGUCGAAUUCGCACAAGGAGGCAAAGCUCUGGAAGCGCCAGUAGUAUCACUUCAACACCUGCUGACACUCGAGGCCGCAGUCGGGCUAAAGUAGUUUCGCAGUCCCAGCCUGGUAGUCGAUCCAGCUCUCCUGGCAAGUUGUUGGGAAGUGCAUAUGGUGGGCUUAACAGUGGAACAACCAGAGGACACCCAGUGCCAACACCAUCCUCAUCUUCUGACAAACGUAGUAAAGUCCCUCGAAGCCAAGGCUGCAGCCGAGAGACCAGCCCCAGCAGGAUAGCUCUAGCACGGAGCAGCCGUAUCCCCCGACCCAGCGUGAGUCAGGGGUGCAGCCGCGAUACCAGCCGUGAGAGCAGCCGAGAUACAAGCCCUGCUCGGGGCUUUCCUCCACUUGCCUCUCGACGUCAUUCCAGGUCCACUAGUGCUCUCUCCACUGCUGAUUCUGUUGGGCAGUCAGACCGGUUUGGGCUUGGCCAGCCAGGCAGGUUGCCUGCCUCUAUGAAUGCCAUGCGAGUUCUCAGUACGAGCACAGAUCUGGAGACUGCUGUGGCAGAUGCACUGCUCUUAGGAGACUCCAGAAGCAAGAAGAAACCAGUGAGGAGAAGGUAUGAACCAUAUGGGAUGUAUUCUGAUGAUGAUGCAAACAGUGAUGCAUCAAGUGCUUGCUCAGAGCGCUCCUAUGGUUCUCGCAAUGGAGGUAUCCCACACUACCUGCGACAAACAGAAGAUGUAGCUGAAGUCUUAAACCACUGUGCUAGUUCCAACUGGUCUGAAAGGAAGGAGGGGCUAAUUGGCUUGCAAAACUUAUUGAAGAGCCAAAGGACAUUAAGCCGAGUUGAGUUGAAAAGGCUAUGUGAAAUCUUCACACGUAUGUUUGCAGACCCCCACAGCAAGAGAGUUUUCAGCAUGUUCCUUGAAACCUUGGUAGACUUCAUUAUUAUUCACAAGGAUGAUUUGCAAGACUGGCUCUUCGUUCUUCUGACACAGUUACUCAAGAAGAUGGGUGCUGACCUGCUGGGAUCAGUGCAGGCAAAAGUGCAGAAAGCUCUGGAUGUAACAAGGGAUUCUUUUCCAUUUGAUCAACAGUUUAAUAUUUUGAUGAGAUUUAUUGUAGAUCAGACCCAGACACCAAAUCUUAAGGUAAAAGUGGCAAUACUGAAAUACAUUGAAUCCUUGGCUAGACAGAUGGAUCCUACAGAUUUUGUCAACUCCAGCGAGGCAAAACUUGCAGUUUCUAGGAUUAUUACCUGGACAACAGAACCAAAGAGCUCAGAUGUGAGAAAGGCAGCACAAAUAGUCCUGAUCUCUCUGUUCGAACUGAACACUCCCGAGUUUACCAUGUUACUUGGUGCCUUGCCAAAAACAUUCCAGGAUGGUGCUACCAGACUAUUACAUAACCACCUCAAGAACUCCAGCAACACUAGUGUGGGUUCCCCUAGCAAUACUGUUGGCCGAACUCCUUCACGUCAUCCUAGCAGCAGAACCAGCCCCUUAACUUCACCUACCAAUUGUUCUCAUGGAGGAUUAUCACCCAGUCGUUUCUGGGGUUGGAGUGCAGAUGGGCUGUCGAAGCACCCCCCUCCCCUUUUUCAGCCUAACUCCAUCCCCGCUGCUCCUUCUCACAAGACUUUCAGGCGUUCUUACUCUCCCAGCAUGCUGGAUUACGACACGGAGAACCUAAAUUCUGAUGAAAUUUAUAGCUCUCUUCGUGGAGUCACAGAAGCAAUUGAAAAGUUUAGUUUUCGUAGCCAAGAGGAUCUAAAUGAGCCAAUCAAACGUGAUGGAAAGAAGGACAGUGACAUUGUUUCUAGAGAUGAUGGUAUAGCCUCGCCAGCCACUGAUAUGCGUGGAAGUAGUGAUGUUGUGGAAGGAGGAAGGAUGGCUCUAGAUAACAAGACUUCCCUACUCAACACCCAGCCCCCACGUGCCUUUUCUGGACCCCGAGCUCGAGAAUACAACCCCUAUCCAUACUCUGAUACUAUCAGCGCCUAUGAUAAGACUGCUCUUAAGGAAGCCGUGUUUGAUGAUGAUAUGGAUCAGCUUCGGGAUGUGCCCAUUGAUCAUUCCGACUUGGUGGCUGAUCUUUUAAAAGAAUUAUCCAAUCAUAAUGAACGGGUAGAAGAACGGAAAGGAGCCCUUCUUGAAUUAUUGAAGAUUACAAGAGAAGAUAAUCUGGGAGUUUGGGAGGAACAUUUUAAGACCAUUUUGCUUUUAUUACUUGAAACGCUUGGAGACAAAGAUCAUUCGAUACGAGCCUUGGCACUAAGAGUUUUGAGAGAAAUUCUGAGGAACCAACCUGCAAGAUUUAAGAACUAUGCUGAACUAACUAUCAUGAAGACCCUAGAAGCGCAUAAAGAUUCUCAUAAAGAGGUUGUGAGAGCUGCUGAGGAAGCAGCUUCCACUCUGGCCAGCUCCAUCCACCCAGAACAGUGCAUCAAAGUGCUCUGUCCCAUCAUUCAAACAGCUGACUAUCCAAUUAAUCUGGCUGCUAUUAAAAUGCAAACUAAAGUCAUUGAAAGAAUCUCAAAGGAGUCAUUGCAUCAGCUCCUACAAGACAUCAUCCCUGGGUUGUUGCAGGGUUAUGACAACACCGAAAGCAGUGUUCGCAAAGCCAGUGUAUUUUGCCUGGUGGCCAUCUAUUCAGUGAUUGGUGAAGAACUGAAGCCUCAUCUUGCACAGCUGACUGGGAGCAAGAUGAAGCUCUUGAAUUUGUACAUAAAGAGAGCCCAGACUACCAACAGCAACAGCAGCUCAUCUUCAGAUGUUUCUACACACAGUUAAUGGAGACCUUUGGACAUAUGUGUAGACAUAGAAACAAUCAACUGUGCCUCUCAGAAACCCUUCCCUCAUCAGCACGCUCCAUCCGCUGAUGGAGGCCAUGCAAAUAUUUAUUGCAAUCAGUAUUUUUAGUCCUUUUAAAGCUUUUUAUUGUAGGAGAUUCUUGGAAUUGAAUAUAAGGGAAGCAAGGCCUGGAUUGCAGUUUUCAUUAAAAACAAGGCAAUAGUGUACUAUGGUUAAAUACAUUGCAGUUACAUACUGUCUCUACUAAGAUCUGAAGUAGUCCCAGAGCUAUAUAACAUGUUGGUGUUUUAUCAAACAGAUUUCUUUGAUAUUGAUGGAGAGCUUGAAUUUAUAUUAGACUAUAUUUGUAUUAUAGUCAUACUUUUAACUAGUUACUCUAGUUUCCCCAAUUGUCAAGCAUCGUUUUAGAACUGAGCUUAAAAGUUGGAAUGAUCUGCCGUUUUUUCAGACAAAAUCUAUACAGACUAUAAAAUCAAGCCCUUCAACUAGUUUUUUUUUUUUUUUAACUUUAAUCAUCUGUGUGGCAAAGGUCAUGAAAAUUCAAGGAACCCUGAGCAAAUAUAAAACAGUACAAUCUAUACAGGGCAAUAUGGUUAGUUUUGUAGAACUGAUUCAAGAGCUGCCUCUGCACAGACAACUCAGUUUACAAUUUCUUCUCAGUGUAUUUCAACAUAUUUUUCAAAAUGUUUGAAAUUGCAAAUUGCUCUUAAUAUUCCCAGUUCUAACCUACCUGACACAGUUUUACUGUUUGUUUCUUUGUUUUAAUGGAGCUCUGUUUUGUUACAGUAUUUACGGUAUUCCUUCUGUAACAACAGAAAUCUGUUAGUAUGCACUGAGACUGGAUGCACUGUAAUGCCUGUAUACUGGUCAAGACCUAAUGUUGCUGUCAGAGAAACCUGUCUCCUGGGAGAUACGUGUGACAUUCUACUACUGCUGCUUCGAUGUUCCAUGAGAAACAUGUACUUUCCAAAGCUCUGAUUGGCUUCCUGGGAGCUGCAACACAGAUAACCAGGCCUGCCUGCCUUCCUUCCUUCCUUCCUUCCUAAAGGAUUUCUUUUGUUUGUCAGCUAAUGUUCCUUAGUGCGACACUUGUUCUUUUAACAUUCACCUUCACUCAUCAGGAGUCGUCCAUCCUUUGAGUACUCCAGGAUGGCCUCCUUCUGCUCCCAUUCAGCCUGAAUUAUUUAUAAUAGUUUUUGUGUGCCCAGCAUAUCUAUCGAAUUAUUUCCAUCUUAGAAUUUCAGACAUUACCUUUUUUUUUUUUUUUUUGGCAGUGCUCAAAGGGCUAGCUUAAUCUGCAACAAUUUGCCUUCUUUAAAGCUGUACAAUUGGAGAAUGUAAGACAUAUUUAAAUGCUCUGGGCAGAAGGAUUCUUUAGCUACCAUUCCAUCCAUGCUGAUGGAGUUAGAUCUGCAUGCUGUUGGCACAGAGAGAGAGAGAGCCAGAAUAGAGGGCUCCCUCUUCCCCCAGCAUGGUCCAGAUGUGUGCAGCUGCUUUUUCUCUUGCUGCCUUCUUAGACAGGGCUUUAACUUUUCGAGAAAAAAAGAUGUUAUUUCCUUCGGGGUCUUCUCCAUUGUCCCAUGUCCCUUCCCUUUUCAGGCCAUUAUAUCUGAAAAUUUGCACAGAACAACCUGCCUGAUAUUGGGUUGCCUUAGAUGGGGAUGCUUCUGUUCUGAUGGGGCACCAGUGUACCCAGGGUGGGAGUAUACGACCCUGCGCAACCCUUUUCACCAUCUAAAUCCUGUCCGUCUCUUAAUGUAGUGCUGAAUUAUCUGAGGCAUGUGGCUUUCUUUGAAAAGGUACACUACGUGUGCUUGCUGGAUUACAAUACAAGACUUUUCUAUCACUUCCUGUUAGCUCUCAGUAACCUGUAUAAGUAAUGUACCUUGCAACAUUGUUACAUAAAUCUUCUUUCUAUCACCCUCCCAGCCCCUUUAUUUAUCAAGUGUAAUGGUUCGUAUUAAAGGACAACAGAGAAAUAUUUGUAGAACGCAGAAAAAGUUUGCUAACAAUAAUAAUGUUUUAAAUGGGAAGGACGGGCUGGCAAAGCUUAUCAAAACAGUCAGCCAUCAGAAAAAGUUUCUUGGCACAGUGUUCAUGCGCAUGUAUUUAAUUUUGAUUUUGGGUUGGUUAUUUUAUUUUAUUUUCCUUUUUUUUUUUUUGCGCUUUGUCAUGUUACAUCCAUAUCUUGUAUUUAUAUCUUAUUUGUUUCACUUUGAGUGUAUCAUGGCAAAUGUACAGAUGUUUUUAUGUUAACAUUUACAUGAUAGAAUUUGCUAAAAAAAUAAUAAAACUUUCUGAGUUUGCCCUAGAAUAAA